AUGCGAGCUGGAGAGGUGGUUUGGCCGUUGAAUAAGGUAGCUGGUGUAGCACGUCGUCAUUUGCAGGAGUUUCAGUGGGUCAUGUGCUGUCCUAGCAAGAAGGUUCAUGCACAGCGACCUCGGUGGAAACCUCCAGAUACGGGUUUUAAGAAGGCAAACUUUGAUGGGGCAAUUUUUGAGGAUUUGAGAGCAGCAGGUAUUGGAGUGGCUGUUCGGAACGAGCAUGGAGAGGUGGUUGCAGCUUUGGCAGAGCAAAUUCCUAUUCCUGAUUCUGUUUUUACUCUUGAAACCUUGGCAGCUAAGCAUGCGGUUCUCUUUGUUCAGGAACUUGGUCUUCGUAAUGUUGUUUUUGAGGGUGAUUCGGAAUCUUCCAUUCAAGCUAUUAGUAAUAGACUCCUUUCUCAUUCGUCUUGUGGUCAUAUUAUUCAUGACAUUUUACUGUUCGCCCGCUCAUUUCAGAGCUUUUCUUUCUCUCAUGUGUGUAGGCAAGAUAACACUCUAGCGGAUGCCUUGGCUAAGAGAGCUAUGUUGUCGUGUCCAUUAUUGGUUUGGAUAGAGUCUGUUCCUCCAAAUCUGUAUAACUGUUAUUUGUCGGAUUUUUCUUUAUUUAAUUAA